CCUCUCGAGCGGUCGCGGGGAACCGCCGUCCGGGGGAACCGCCGUCCCGGGGCACCGGGCCUGCGGCGGCGUCAUGGGCCUACUGCCCGCUCACCUGCCUCUGCUCUCGGCCGCCUUCCUCCGGAGCGGCCGCGACCCGGCGGCGGAGGCCACGCGGCGCCCGCGGGUUUCCUAUGUGAUUCGAGAUGAAGUGGAGAAGUACAAUCGGAAUGGAGUCAAUGCCCUGCAGCUGGACCCAGCGCUCAACAGACUCUUCACAGCGGGCCGAGACUCCAUCAUAAGAAUAUGGAGUGUCAGUCAGCACAAGCAAGACCCAUACAUAGCAUCUAUGGAGCACCACACAGACUGGGUGAAUGAUGUCGUGCUCUGCUGCAAUGGGAAAACGUUAAUAUCUGCUUCCUCUGACACAACAGUCAAAGUAUGGAACGCACACAAAGGGUUCUGCAUGUCCACACUCAGGACACAUAAGGAUUAUGUAAAGGCCUUAGCAUAUGCCAAGGAUAAAGAGCUGGUAGCAUCGGCUGGGUUGGACAGACAAAUAUUCCUUUGGGAUGUGAAUACUCUAACAGCAUUGACUGCCUCAAAUAACACUGUCACAACUUCUUCUUUAAGUGGGAACAAAGAUUCUAUUUAUAGCCUGGCCAUGAACCAACUGGGAACAAUCAUUGUAUCAGGGUCCACUGAGAAGGUUCUAAGAGUGUGGGAUCCAAGAACCUGUGCAAAACUCAUGAAGCUGAAAGGGCACACGGACAACGUGAAGGCUCUGCUGCUGAACAGGGAUGGCACACAGUGCCUCUCUGGGAGUUCUGAUGGGACAAUUCGCCUGUGGUCCCUUGGCCAGCAGAGAUGUAUAGCAACAUACCGAGUCCACGAUGAAGGCGUUUGGGCCCUACAAGUCAACGAUGCCUUCACACAUGUAUAUUCUGGAGGAAGAGACAGGAAGAUUUAUUGCACAGACCUAAGAAACCCUGACAUUCGGGUGCUGAUUUGUGAAGAAAAAGCACCAGUUCUCAAGAUGGAGCUUGACAGAUCAGCAGAUCCCCCUCCUGCAAUCUGGGUUGCAACAACAAAGUCCACAGUAAAUAAGUGGACACUGAAAGGAAUUCAUAAUUUCCGAGCCUCUGGUGAUUAUGACAAUGACUGUACGAAUCCCAUAACACCCCUCUGCACACAGCCCGACCAGGUUAUUAAAGGGGGCGCUAGUAUCAUUCAGUGCCACAUCCUUAAUGAUAAGAGACAUAUAUUAACCAAAGAUACAAAUAACAAUGUGGCAUAUUGGGACGUGUUGAAGGCGUGCAAAGUGGAAGAUUUGGGCAAAGUGGACUUUGAAGACGAAAUUAAGAAAAGAUUUAAAAUGGUGUAUGUUCCAAAUUGGUUCUCAGUAGAUCUAAAAACAGGGAUGCUGACGAUUACUCUGGAUGAAAGUGACUGCUUUGCUGCCUGGGUGUCUGCGAAGGAUGCUGGCUUCAGCAGUCCCGACGGGUCAGACCCAAAAUUGAACUUAGGAGGACUUCUACUACAGGCACUUCUGGAAUACUGGCCGAGAACACAUGUGACUCCCAUGGAUGAAGAAGAGAAUGAAGUGAACCAUGUGAGUGGGGAGCAAGAGAGCAGAGUCCAGAAGGGAAAUGGGUAUUUCCAAGUGCCCCCCCACACCCCUGUGAUCUUUGGUGAAGCUGGAGGUCGCACAUUGUUCAGGCUGCUCUGCCGGGAUUCCGGGGGUGAGACUGAGGCGAUGCUUCUCAAUGAGACGGUACCACAAUGGGUAAUUGACAUCACUGUGGAUGAUAAAUUCCUAGAAGUGGAAUUGCUGGAUCAAAGGGUAUGCACAUUUUAAAUUUUGAUAAUGCCAAAUUGCCCUUCACAAAGGCAAUUUACUUCUGAACCAACAGUGUAUGAAUGCCCAGUUCCCACAGCCACACCCACACUGGACACUUCGCCUUUGCUGCAUGAUAGGCAGACACUGUCUGAUGACUUUGAUGUGGAAUUUUCUUUACUCAUGGUGAGGUUAAGCGUCUUUUCAUACUGGCCUUGGUCUCUAUCACCUGCCUGCUGGUGUGCUUGCCGAUCCUCUAUGGCUCGUUCGUCUCACUGACUUGUAGGUGGCCUUCUGUUCCUAUUAACCUGACUCCUCCUCUGUGCCUUCAUUAAACGUUUACUUUGUUCGAGGUUCUUUCCCAGGUAUAAUCAAUUGCUCUUUCAUGGUCUGAGUCCAUGUUUUGUUAGGGCUCCUAACCCAGAAUGGGGGUGGGCCAAGCCUCCUUGGCUGACUGAGCUUUUCCUACUUUGUCAUUUUCUUGCCUGCCCCUUUAAUCUGUUAUUUCUUCUUGUGUUUGGUGUGAGGUGAGACUCUAACUUUCUCCAGAGAACUAAGCAGUGUGCUCGUGUAGCCUCUGGAGUCUGACCUGUCUCUACUAAUCUGAAAUGCUGUCUUUACUGUGCACCAAAUUCCUGUAGACACUUUCUUAUGUCCUCUUGACUAGUUUGUGUAUUCCUAAAGCCAUAUGAAAAGGGAUUUAAUCUCUUAAAGCUUUAGAAAAUUUGUUCCCUACCCCAGAUACACCACCCCAAGAACUUAGAGCCAAUGUGACACCUGGUGGGUAUUCCGUGGCCUUCCUUGUCCAAGCUUCCCAUAAACCACUGCUUCCUUUUGAGUGUAGAACUCUCCCAGAUGCAUUACUGAGAAAGCUGACCAGAUGAUUUCAGUUGUGUUUGAGAACAGGGAUUUUCUUCAUGGUAGACCUCCCUCUGCUAGAGGGAGGUAGGAGGAGAGCCUAAUGCCUCUCCGCUGGGGGAUGGUCCACCCAGGCUCCAGGGCUCUCCAGACACUCAGGCUUCUUUCUGGUUAGGCCCUUAGUCAUCAGCACCAGUGUUCUGGUUUAUACAGCUUUCAAAUGUUAGGUUUGUUCUCUUGUAAUGCCUUGUACAACAAUUUCAGAAAAGCCAUGCCACAAAGACUAUUUUUGGCACUGAUAUUACAUAUAAUUUGUCUUCAUCUAUUCUUAUUAUAAACUAAACAUCAUAUUUGCUGAUAAAUUUUCUCAAGGCACACUUCAGUUGAUAACUUACUAUAAAUUACAUUAAAAGUCAUUUGAUUGUAAAAAUAGUUAUUUGCAAAUCAUG